AUGGUCAACGCCUCACCUGACACCCCCAUAACCGACAGCUACACGCAAUUCGCCAGGUUCCUAGUCAACUACUUCAACAACCCCAGCAUCGAUGACGUGUUUGUCUGCAUGAAGAUCGAACACACCCAAAUCGGUGGAGACUUUGAUCCCGACGAAGGAGAAUGGCUCCUGUAUUCGACCAUGAAGGAGGGUGGUGAGACGGACGCCACUGCUGAUGCAUAUGUGUUCGAUGAUAGGACUAAGAAGAUGGUCGUGGCCGCAUUUGGUUUCCGUUACUCGAAGAUGGCUCUGGCACUGCUGGUCCGUGUGCUGGAAAUUGCCAACAGGUGUGCAAACAUCAAAGCACCAGCGAGGAACGAGAAGAAAACAUCUGCUAAAGCUGGCUCUGCUGUCUAUCAUGUUCCCGAUUCCAAUCAGGGGUCUCUUAUGACUCCGAAAAGGGAGAAGAAGCCGACCGCAAAGCGCCAGUAA